CCCGCGCCCCUCCUCCUCACCCUCCUCCGCGACCGUCGGUCCCUCCUCCAGCCUCCUCCCUCCUCCCUCCCUCCAAGACAUCCCCGCACGGCCGGGCCCCCACGGCACCUUCCCUGCCCGAGCUGCAGAUGUGGCGGCGCGGCCGGGCGCUGGGCGGCAGUGCCAGGGGAGCCCGCGCCCCGCAAGCCUAGAGCCCGGGCCCCCGCCCCUGCCCCUCCCCCGCUCGCCCCCCGCCGCCCCGAGACCGCUGGAGUCCGCAGCCGGGAGCCGGACCGCCCCCGCUGCCGAGGUUCCUGCUUGAAGACCAUUUGGUCACCCUCUUCUGCCUGCUGCCCCCUCUGACACUAGCCCCUCAUCACCAUGCAUUCCUUGGACGAGCCACUCGACCUGAAGCUGAGCAUCACCAAGCUCCGGGUGGCAAGAGAAAAGCGGGAGAGGACACUGGGUGUGGUUCGGCACCGCACUCUGCACAAGGAACUGGGCCUGGUGGAUGAUAGCCCCACACCUGGCUCCCCAGGCUCCCCACCUUCAGGCUUCCUGCUGAACCCUAAGUUCCCUGAGAAGGUGGAUGGACGCUUCUCUGCAGCCCCUCUGGUGGACCUCAGCUUAUCACCACCAUCUGGACUGGACUCCCCCAAUGGCAGUAGCUCACUGUCCCCUGAGCGUCAGGGCAAUGGGGACUUGCCUCCAAUGCCCCCUGCUCCGGACUUCCAGCCUCUGCGCUACUUGGAUGGUGUUCCCAGUUCUUUUCAGUUCUUCCUACCCCUGGGCUCUGGGGGUGCCUUGCACCUGCCUGCUUCUUCUUUCCUCAACUCCCCCAAGGACAAGUGCCUCUCACCAGAGCUGCCCUUACCCAAGCAGCUGAUGUGUCGCUGGGCUAAGUGUAACCAGCUGUUUGAGCUCCUACAAGACCUGGUGGACCAUGUCAAUGACUACCACGUCAAGCCUGAGAAAGAUGCAGGGUACUGCUGCCACUGGGAGGGCUGUGCCCGCCACGGCCGUGGCUUCAAUGCCAGGUACAAGAUGCUCAUCCACAUCCGCACACACACCAAUGAGAAGCCACACCGCUGCCCAACCUGCAACAAGAGCUUCUCUCGCCUAGAAAACCUGAAGAUCCAUAACCGGUCCCAUACAGGUGAGAAACCCUACAUCUGCCCCUAUGAGGGCUGCAACAAGCGCUACUCCAACUCGAGUGAUCGCUUCAAGCACACUCGCACCCACUAUGUGGACAAGCCCUACUACUGCAAGAUGCCAGGCUGCCAUAAGCGCUACACGGACCCCAGUUCACUACGCAAGCACAUCAAAGCCCAUGGACACUUUGUGUCCCAUGAGCAGCAGGAGCUCCUACAGCUGCGCCCACCCCCUAAACCACCACUACCUGCUCCCGACAAUGGCCCCUAUGUCAGUGGGGCCCAGAUCAUUAUUCCCAAUCCUGCUGCCCUCUUUGGAGGUCCCAGUCUACCAGGCUUGCCCCUGCCCCUGGCCCCAGGUCCCCUUGACCUCAGUGCCCUGGCUUGUGGCAAUGGUGGGGGUGGUGGAGGUGGAGGGGGCAUGGGCCCUGGGCUGCCGAGCCCUGUCCUGCCCCUCAAUCUGGCCAAGAACCCACUGUUGCCAUCCCCUUUUGGAGCUGGUGGACUGGGCCUGCCUGUGGUCUCCCUCCUCGCUGGCUCCGCUGGCGGCAAGGCUGAGGGGGAGAAGGGUCAUGGGUUGGUACCUGCCCGGGCCCUGGGUAUGGAGGGCCGUAAGACUCCCCUUGAAAGGACGGAGAGCAGUCGCUCCCGGCCAAGCCCUGAUGGACUCUCCCUGCUGCCGGGCACUGUGUUGGACCUGUCCACAGGAGUCAGUUCAGCAGCCAACAGUCCAGAGGCACUAACCUCUGGCUGGGUGGUCAUCCCACCAGGCUCUGUGCUGCUCAAACCAGCUGUGGUGAACUGAGCCUGACUGCCUACCAGCUAUGCAGUACAGCCAGCAACUCCAGGCCUCUGCCCUGACAAACAGAAACCCUUCUGCGAAACAGCAAUAAUGUUCCAUUGCCCUGGGGCCUGGUGGUCUGUGCUUCCCAGGCAGCUGCAGCCUCAGAUGAAGGGGCAGUAGGCAUGGUGCUACAAGGUCACUGCUGGCUUUCCAGCUCUCAAGUGAGGACCUGGACUUGCCAUCCAACGAGAGCUGCGCUCUUGGGUGCUGAGGCCUCACUUCUGGCCUCUUGUCCUAUAGUUUCUGUGAGGCCCCCCUCUGCCCAUCCUCCCCCUCAAGCCACCCUGUUCUCCUACCCUGGUGCCUCCUUUGUCUUGUGGCUGACCUGUGCAGGUCACCUUCCUUGUUUUACCCAAUGGCCAGCAGAGACUGCUGCCCAAGUCCCAGCAGUCAGGUGUAUAGGGUAGCAUCUACCCUGCCUGCUGCUGUCAGGUUCCCUUACCACUUCCUUCAUGUGAGUCAUAAGAAAGGAGUCCCCAAGGAUCAGAGGUCCCAACCCCACCAAGGCUCACUUAGCCCCUACCGCAGCUUCUUGACCCCUUUCCCUCUAGCCCAACCCUCUGGAGGGAGAGCAAGAUAGACGCAGGCCCAGCUAAGCCACAGGAAGACACUGCAUUCUCCCUACCUACCCCUGUGACAAGGUGCCUCCCUGACUACUGGAGAAAGGAGGCCUGCUUGGUCAGCUGCUGCCACCCAUUGCCCAGCCUAAAUCAGCACUGAUGGAAGGAAGGUAGGCUGCAUUAAGAAGGGAUAGCUGACCACUCACCUGUCCCUGCACCUGGACCUCUUCCUGUCUUUUGGGCACACUGGAAGCAUGGGAAGUAGAUCCAACACAUGUAGCCCUCUGGCCCAACCUGGGCUCCAUUUUCCUCAACCCAGCUAGACCUAGCCUGAAGAAUGUCACCCUAUAGAAGCCUGCAGGGCAUUGGUCCAGCACUUGGAGAGGGGAGACUGGCUGAGCCACCCCAGGCUGGGAGGUAACUCCAAGUCUUGGGAGUACCAAAUCAUGGCAUGCCAGGGAGGGCCUGAAGAGAUAUCUAGAGGCUAUAGACUAAAGGCUCUGGGCUUACGGGAGGAUAGGUCAUCAAGAAUAUCAUUGCCUGGCCCCUCUGUUGGGAAAGAGCUGGCUAGAGGAAGGAACCUGACUUAGGACAGCAUUCUUUCCUUUAGUUUUUCCCAGCUGAGCUCUUUUCCUAGAGAUAUGUCCCUUCCACUUCUAGCUCCCUUAGGAUUUGUGUGCUACUCUGAAUAGGGUCUAGCUCUUCUGCAGGGGCCAGAAUAAGUGAAAGAUGCUGGAGACAUGUGCUCCACAGGCCCACCCACAAACCAAUCCCAGGAACCUGGGCCCUGCUGCAAACCACCACCACUGGCCCCUUGCUGUUCCCUCUGCCAGCAGUUGGGAGCUCUGGUUUCUAGGCCAGCACUGUCACUAGACUGCAGAGUGGUCAAGCCCUUCUACUUCUCUUAUUUCCAGAACAAAAGAGCUGCCAGAUGACAGUGAGGUAGGUCCUCAGCUCUUAAGUUCCUCUGAGUAGCUCUGCUGACCCUACUUUUUGCUGGACUGCCCUUCUGCCCCAGAGGGGUCACCCUGAUCUGGCCUGCCUGGCUGUUGGGCCUAGGAGCUCUGGCCAUGUUAGCUCUGCCCCUUGAAGGGGCUGUGAGGAAACAGGAAGGAGCUGGUCUCCUUUCUUUGGGGCCUAUCCAGGACCCAAGUACACACCCACCCCCAAAUCCCUGUCAGAGUCCCAGGCCUUAAGUCCCUCGCUGGGGGAUUAUGGGCUUGAGACUCAAGCCCAGGAGCAGAGGAACAGGGCACUGGAAGGUGACAUUAGCUCAGCAUGUGAUUCUGUGAUAGACCAGGCUUGGAAGGGCCGGUGAACUUUUUGUUGUCAGUUUGUUGUUGCACAUUCCAGGAUAUCAGUAUUUUAACAGGUUCUAAGUGCCUUUCUAUUGUAGCUUAUGUUUUUCCUCCUCUUGGCUCCAUUGCUGUUAGCAUAGAGUUUAAAAAAAAAAAAAAAAGAUAAGCUAAUGACUAUAACAAUAUAUUCCUCCAUGUGAGAGGAAGUUUAUAAAGAAACAAUAAAAGUGAAUUGUGAAGAUGG